AUGAGCUAUCUCAAUUCAAUUCUAUCUGCUCCAACCCAGGUUAAAACUGCAGAUGAUGCAAUUGUGAGCGGUGGGGGUCAGAGUCACAAUGAAAAAUUCAGCUAUGGGUAUGCUAGCUCUCCCGGCAAGAGAUCUUCAAUGGAAGAUUUUUACGAGACAAGAAUUGAUGGUGUUAAUGGUGAAAUCGUUGGCCUUUUCGGAGUUUUUGAUGGUCAUGGUGGUGCUCGUGCUGCUGAGUAUGUCAAGAAAAACUUGUUCAGUAAUUUGAUAAAUCACCCAAAAUUCAUUUCUGACACCAAAUCAGCAAUAUCUGAUGCAUAUAAUCAUACCGAUUCUGAGUUUCUGAAGUCAGAAAAUAACCAAAACAAAGAUGCCGGAUCAACUGCUUCCACUGCGAUUUUAGUUGGUGAUCGCUUGCUUGUUGCAAAUGUUGGGGAUUCCAGAGCUGUUAUAUGCAGGGGUGGUAAUGCUAUUGCUGUUUCUCGAGAUCACAAACCAGACCAAACUGAUGAGAGGCAAAGGAUUGAAGAUGCAGGAGGGUUUGUUAUGUGGGCUGGAACUUGGAGAGUUGGAGGUGUUCUUGCUGUUUCUCGAGCGUUUGGUGAUAGACUCCUAAAGCAGUAUGUUGUAGCUGAUCCAGAAAUCCAGGAAGAAAAAGUUGACAACUCCCUUGAGUUUCUUAUCUUGGCUAGUGAUGGAUUAUGGGAUGUUGUCACAAAUGAGGAAGCUGUUGCUAUGAUUAAACCAAUUGAGGAUUCUGAGGAGGCAGCAAAGAGAUUGAUGCAAGAAGCAUAUCGAAGAGGUAGUGCUGACAACAUCACAUGUGUGGUGGUUCGUUUCUUGUUUAACCAAGGUGCUUCUUCUCACAGUAGUUCUGGAGGUGGUAAUAAGCAAGCUUCAAAAGAAGGCUUGCGUGAUAGGUGA